GUUAACAGAUCCUGGCGCCAAGCAUCAAGGAGGAAGUGUGUUAGGCACAAGAGGGCAGACGUCUGUCAAUUUAUUAAAUACAAGACCACCGUUUGUCCCCUUUUUGUUGCUCAAGAUGGAUACACAAUCAUAUCUAUCGGUACAGCCUGGUGUCGGGAUGGAGGAGAACUUCCUUUCUCUGGACGAUAUUUUGCUCUCUCAUGAGAAACUUCCUAUCCGGACAGAGUGCACUUUCCCCCGGCUGGGAUUCCUGGAGAAAUCGAGCGACUCGCAGGACAUAACAGAGGGUACAAAGAUGGAACUCCCUGUGUGGUUAUCAAAAGGUCUGUACGAGAAGAAGAGACGGGUGCUGUCAGUUGAGACUCCGAAGGUGUACAGGGAAGGCUGGAGGACGGUUUUCAAUGCCGAUCCCAACGUGGUGAACCUUCAUAAGAUGGGGCCCUACUACUACGGCCUGGGAUCCCAGAUGCUGCACUUUGACAGCCCGGAGAAUCCAGAGAUUGCACAGACACUGCUGCAGACAUUCAUAGGUCGCUUCAGACGGAUCAUGGACUCCUCCCAGAAUGCCUACAAUGAGGACACGUCGGUGCUAGUUGAGCACCUGGACUGUCUGGAGAAGACUCUGUUCAGGUCCGGGCAGAGCGGCCUGAACGGCUUCCAGAGCUGGGAGAAGGGCCAGGCCUCCCAACUCACCGCCUCCAGUCUGGUUCUCAACUACCGCAAGAGGAAGAUGACUGAUGCUCAGCCCUGACCCAGGCCGGCAGUGAAAACAAAAGACACUGGUCACAACUUAGUCAGCAGGUCAAAGCACAGUAGAAGCAGACUCCUACUUCCUGUUUCAUUUGGUUUCAACCUCUGUGUGUAGCCCAUGCUCUGGGUAGAUAAGUUGGGAUGCCCAACAUUGGUCAAGUAUAAAAGGGCUGGGUAUCAUGACAAAGAUUGGGAUCACUGUCAUUUUUCCUUAAUGCUGCCAGUUGGAAGAGUAGCACACAUUUUCUUUUUUCUUAAGUGCAGAUAGUUAAAAGUAGUGAAUAAAGUGGCUUUAUGUCAAUCACUGUCUCUACAACACUCUGAGGCACGGCUGAAGUGACAGCAAGCUGAGCUGCUGCUAAAUUUAACUCCAGUUGUUUCACUCUUUACUUCAAGAAGUACAAUGACUACAUGCUUCAUCUGAUUCAUUUUUUUAAGUAAAAACACGAACAUCUUUAAAUGACGUCCACCAGACUUGAGAAAGAAAUCAAAUAUUACAUUGAAGCUUGCCGUCAUUAUCAACAUAUAUUGAAUCCAGAUACCAUAUCAGGACUGGUUGAUACCCUAUAAAUAUAACUGUAUCAUAUUUAUUUGUCUCUUUUUAUUGAUGGUGCAGAAACUGUUAAUGGAAGCAUAUUUGGUUCUUGUAAUAUACAAUAUUAUGUUCUUGAUGUGGUUUGACUGUUUUUAUUCAAGUAAUUAAAGAUUUCUUACGUUUGCUGGUUACAGCUG